AUGUUCGCCCCCUCCCCCCACUCCACGAGGCGUUGCCAUGGCGGCGGCCGCGGGCACUUGGACCUUCUCACUGCCCGCCCUGCGCAAGAUGCGGGCGUUGCUGCUGCGCGGCGCGGACGCCACGGACUGCGUGCAGGAAGCCAUGGCAGCUAUUGAAAAUGAUGAGGAGAUAGGGAGUUAUGUAGUAGGACGAGGAGGCUACCCAAACAAAGAUGGAUUAAUCCAGUGUGAUGCUGCUGUAAUGGAAGGGCAUCCUUGUCAUUUUGGAGCAGUAGCAGCUCUGUCUGGAGUUGGAACACCACUAGCUGUAGCUCGUAAAGUCAUGGAGAGAAAUACCUGCAGCUUCCUGGUUGGAGAUGGUGCUGCGGCCUUUGCAAGAGAGCAGGGCUUCAUGGUAGAGGACAAUGAAAGUAUGAUGACUGAACGGAGUGCAGAAGUUUAUAAGGAAUAUUUAGAGAAGAAAAAAAGUCCCAAAGGACACGAUACCUUAGGUCUAAUUGCCUUGGAUAUUCAUGGAAAUAUAACUGUUGGUGUAUCUACUUCUGGAGCUCCUUUUAAAUAUCCUGGGAGGGUAGGUGAUUCUCCAUUGCCAGGAUGCGGUCUUUAUGCAGAUAAUCAGGAGCUGCAGCAGUUAUGCCUUUCAGCAGUCAGUCAUUUCCUUUCCAAACGCCACUGGAUCUUGAUAGUAAUGGGAACUUGGCAGUCCUUUGCAUCUACAGGAGAUGGAGACCAGAUCAUGUGUUUCUGUCCAUGCUUUCAUGUAGUUCUGCUAAUGAAACAGGGUUUGUCUCCAAUGGAUGCAUGUCAGACGCUUGACGAUAAACUCCAGAAAGCAGGAAAGGAAAAUAUGUUUGAACUUGGCAUAAUUGCAGUGAAUAUGAAGGGAGAAGCUGGAGCUGCUUCAUCAAUGCCAUUUCCAUACUGCGUCUGGUGUCAAGGACAGGAUUCCAUAGAGGAAUUAAUGCAACAACCCUGCAAGCUGUGAAAAAAAUACACUACAAGAAAAUUUGUCUAUGUCAUAUAGGGCAGAUUGUGAACCCCUUCUUUGUCUUUGCUAUGGUAAGCAGUACAAGAUCCCACCAAGACCUACAGGGAUCUGCUCAGUACUCCUGAAAACCUGACUGAUAAACCAUGGAUAUUAGAUAUGGAGCUUAACUUUGUGCAUCUUUAAAAAAAAAAAAAAAAAUCUUAGCUGGGAUAUUUUAGUCCUACAUCAUGCCACAAGUAAGCAGUGUCUGCCUUGCAUCUUAUUACUUAUUGGGCUACUAAUUACUUUUCAGUUUUCUGACUGACUGUUAACUUGGAGCCCAAGUCUAUCAUUUUUUCUUGUGCUGAGUAGUAUUUUACUCAGUGGGUGCAUCUACAUGUGCAAUUAGCACAUAGCAAUAAACUCUAGCACAGUUUGCACCACAGUUUAUUGCUCCUGGACACAGCAUUUUACAUGUGCACCUGGGACACAGCAGCCCCUGGAUGGCAGAGGACCUGUGGGGGGUCAGUCUGCCAGCUCGGGAUUGCUCUGCCAUAGCUCAACAUGCUGCAGAGAGGCUGACCAGGGCACAAGGGGCAUUUGUAUACAUACUUGUGCUGCAGCGCCAGGCACUUUUAAAAGCAGCAAAAUAUGUGUCAGGCUGAGAAAAUGGUGGCAGUAUGCACUGCUGCCACUUUCUGCAUGCUGACGUGCAUUUUGCUGCUUAUAAACACUUGAUGCAGCGCAGCGUGCAUCAACUCACAUGCAGGGUAGAGUUGAUUAAUCAAGUGUGCUCCAACAUGCCAGAUCUCCGGCACAUCUCAGCACAAAAAUGUAUGUGUAUAAAUGCCCGAGGGUGCUACAGUGCAAGGUUAGCCAGCAGGCAGUCACCACAUUGUAGUACUUUCAUGGCCCCAGCCAGUUUUGGUCAACGUUUCCAUGUGCAUUUUUGGCACAUGUAACUACUACACUGCAGGAUAGUACUCAUCUUAGAUGAUACUUUCCUACAGUGGAGUUAAUUGAUUUACUGCCCCCCAGUACGGGCACACAUGCAGAAAGUAAUGCUUUACUGUGGAGCUAGGCAGCUUCAUAGUAAAAGCGCACAUGUAGAUACACCCAACUAGUAAUCCCAGUAAAUACAGAUGGCAGAAUUGGGUUUUAAUUAUUCUUGCUGCUGCCUUUUGAUGGAAAAUGGAGUUGAGUGUUGCUUGUUUUAGUCCUUUUCUGUGUAUAUAAGAAUAUGGCCAUACCAAAACACAGCUUAAUGCACACUUAAAAAAAAAAAGGGGGGGGGUGGGGGAAAUUGCAUGUUCACAUGAAAUAAAAAAGAAGCAAAAUGGAAUAAAAACCCAUAAACAACUCAAUUUACAGUUUAAUUCCUUAUUCUGCACCAGUGUCAAACCCUACUAAAGGAUUUAUAUUUAUAUUCACUUUCACAAAUAUAGUGGAUAUUAUAAAACACAAUCAAAUGAGAUUUUAAAGUGACUAAUUGACUAAAAUUGAAUUAAUGGUUUACUUGUU